CACUCUGCGCUCUGUACUGCCAUGGCUGUCCCGCACACUGCACUCCAUGCGAGCCAUGCUUGCAGCCAUGGACGAUGCCAGCGACGUGUGAUUACGAAUACAGUCACUGACUAUUUGGCUCAAUGCCCUGCCCAUACAGCUCUGGAGUGUCAAGAAAAACGAAGAGGCUGCGGCCAAGAAGCGUCCCAAGGUCACUGCUGCUCAGCUGCGUGUCCAGAAAGACUUGACAGAGCUGGAUCUCCCUUCCACCAUGAAGACUGUGUUCCCCGACCCCACCGAUGUGCUCAAUUUCACCCUCACCAUCACUCCCGAUGAAGGUAUCUACAAGGGCGGCGUGUUCAACUUUUCCUUUGCCAUCAAGCCCGAGUACCCGCAUGAGCCGCCAAAGGUGAGGUGCAAGGAGAAGAUCUAUCAUCCCAAUCUGGAUCUGGAGGGGAAUGUCUGUUUAAACAUUCUGCGAGAAGACUGGAAGCCUGUCCUUACCCUCUCAAGCGUUAUGAUCGGUAUCCAAUACCUCUUCCUUGAACCCAACCCUGAUGACCCACUCAACAAAGACGCCGCCGAAGAUUUCAGACGGUCUCGCGAGACAUUCGUCCACAAUGUCAAGCAGGCCAUGAGGGGUGGUUACGUCGGGUCCGAAAAGUUCGACAAGGUUCUCGCCUAGAGAAGGUCCUCGCUGUCCCAUCUAGAUGUGUAUCUCGGCAUGCUUCGUCAUGGUACUCCUCUCCCCGACUCCUCCUAUCCACUUUGUAAUCAACCCGUUUCAAACCCCUAGUGUGUAGAGUGGCGAGCGGACAGAGAGAAGAAGGGCAUUUCUAUAGAACGUAUAUGUGGCCUGGUGCUC